AUGGAUGAUUAUGAUAGUUUUAUCGAUGAAGCCAGUAAUGUAUUAGAACUAAUUGAAAAUGGUGAAAAUGUGAGUUGAUUUGCAAAGGAAAUAUUUAUUCAGAGCUUUUUUUCAGGUAGAAAACUUAACAAAAAAAUUAGUGAGACAUGCAGAAUUAGUUGAUCCAAGUACAUGGCCAACAACAAGUGCAGAUCCAAUUAUUUUAUCUCAAAUUCUUGCUGUAAGUUUUUUCUAUAAAAUUUUGAAUUCCAUUCAAAUUUAAAAUAAAUAUUUCAGAAUCUUUCAACAUUCCAAUCUUCUUCAUCCGACAAACCAAAUCCACGUCGACGAUCAAAACCUAUUAACUUAUUAGAAAAUUACGUUCGGUUGUCCGAUGAAAAUGUCAUAACGGACACAGGAAAAAGUGCAAUAUUCAAACCAAUUUCAAUUCUUAUAAUUCUAAUAAUUUUCCUCUUUUCAUACUACUAUUUUACAUUACCUCCAAAAUGUCCGAGACCAAUUUGGUAA